AAAUAAAACUCGAAAAUUCCUUUGCUAUUCCUAUGCUGACCACAGGGGAAAGAAAAAAAAAACUUUUUUCCAAGUCUCUCUCCUCCUCCGCCGUAGCGCCGCCGAAGUCCCGACUUUUUUUUCUUUCUUGUAGACUCUUAGUUGAUAAUCAGGGUCUGGGAUGGGAAGCAACGGGAGAAUUCUGCCACCUCAUAUGAGGCGCCCUCCUCCAGGACCAAGUAUGCCAUCUCCUCAGCAUGGCGCAUUUCAUCCUUUCAAUAUGUUGUCGCCACCUGAGGUCAUGGAACAGAAAAUUGCUGUGCAACACGCUGAGAUGCAUAAACUUGCAAUAGAGAACCAGAGACUUGCUGCCACCCAUGGUACGUUACGGCAAGAACUAGUGGCCUCACAGCAUGAAUUGCAAAUGCGGCAUGAGCAGAUAGAAUCGAUGAGGUCAGAGAGAGAGCAGCGAAUGAGGGGUCUUGCGGGAAAAGUUGCAAAGAUGGAGGCUGAGCUUCAGAAGGCUGAGGCUGUUAGGUUAGAACUGCAACAAGCACAUGCAGAGGCGCAGAACCUGGUUGUGGCAAGAGAAGACCUUAUGUCCAAAGUGCAUCAGUUGACUCAGAACCUUCAGAAAGCUCGUGUAGAUGUGCAGCAAAUACCAGCUCUUAUGUCCGAACUCGAGAACUUAAGACAAGAGUAUCAGCACUGCAGGGCAACAUAUGACCAUGAGAAGAAAUAUUAUAAUGACCAUCUCAAGUCACUUCAAACGAUGGAAAACGAGUGUGCGACCAUGGCUAGGGAGGUUGAAAAACUCCAAGCACAGCUGAUGAACAGUGCUAGUGCAGAAAGAAGAGUUGGUGGUCCUUAUGGUAGCUCGAUGAGGAGAUCUGAUGAGGCUUCCGGGUAUCAGGGUGGGCACAGUUUCUAUGAAGAUUCUUAUGGUUCCCAGGGACAUAUCCCUACUUCAGCAGCUGCCCAUAAUGUCCCUGGACCAGGAGGUCCAGCCUCCUAUGCGGGACCCGGUUAUGACUUCUCGAGAGGCCCUGCUUCUUAUGAGCCACAAAGAGUAUGGCCUGGUCACGAUCCAGCAUCGAGGUUAGCUGCUGCUGGGCCAGGGGGUGGGUCAUUCACAGCUGGACCAGGCAGUAACCCGGCUUAUGCACACGCCUAUGAGACUCAAGCUCGAGGAGGUGGAAACCCUGGUCGCAGAUGAACCGCCCUGAAGUCACUGACCCAUCAGACCACGUCUUUACGUACGGAGUGUUGCAGUACGGACAUGCUGGGCACAGACGCUGACCGUUAAAAAAGAGUAACGUUUGAUGUGGAACAGUGGAAGAAAAGAAAAGAAAAAGAAAAGAAGAAUAAAAUAUGGGGAUCCAUUUGCCACUGUUCUGUCUAUUUUACAUUUUACAUUCUGAAAAAAUGAUAUAUAUAUAUAUAUAUAUAUAUAGAGAGA